UCAAAUGGCAGUUAUGCAGCAUCCACUGACAGUUGUAGAAAUGUUGCUCCACCUUCGGAAGAAUUAGAAGAAUUUGUAGAUAUUUUUCAAGUACAACAUUUACUCUUAGAUCAUUCGGCGGCAAAUGGUAAUCAACCACCACCUCAUAGUCUGAUGCCAACGAGCAGUUCGGCUGCCCCUGCUACGGCUACACUGAGUUCAGCUGUUAUAGCAGAACCUCAAACUGCUACAACAACAGCGACAACAUCUGCCACAACAACUGUUACUAGUUUAGCUAAACCCCAGCCUAGACCACGUUUGAAUCUUCAGAAAGCUUCUGAGUAUGCAGCCCAACAUCAAGCUGAUUCGCCCUCAUCACGCCGCAUGCUUUUAGACUAUCCCAGUCCAUAUUUAUAUGGCAAUCAUUAUCAUACAUCCCCCAGUGAAGACUUAGUUGCCCUUUGGUUUGGCAGCAAUGGCUCAGGUGGCGUAGCCCCUGGAACCCCAUCAGCGGCCAUGAUCAUGGAAGGGCUUGAAACCCUAGUGGCGCCAUCGCAUCACACAUUCCUACUUACCGAAUCAGCUGCUGCGGCGCAUUUCAAUGUUUUAAGUUUUGACACAUGCCUGUUUAAGACCACCGCUCAGACGAGUCCCUCCACAGCGGUGUCUUCCGGCGCUACAUAUCUCACCACACCCUCCUCCUUUGGCGGAGGUCAUUUGGGUUCACAAACCCUCUUACAUUACAAUCUCUCCACCACGUCACCCUCAUCGUCGGCAGCCGAAUCAUCGCCCGCCACUGCAUCAACAACCGCCUCCUCGUCCUCCCUCAGCAGUUUACCCUCAUCGAAUUCAGCAUUAUCACGCCAUUACAAUAACGCACGUUUGGGUUCCAUCUCAGUGGCAGCUGAAACUCAGCAUCAACAUCAUCAUCAUCACCAGCAGCAACAACAACAGCAGAACUCUCCUCUACACAAUAAUAGUCCUUCGAUCGGCAGUGCUGCUGUUAGUAUUAAUACCGCUGCCACAACCACCACAAGUGGUCGCAGUUCGGCUUCUCAUUUGAGUCUCUUGAAUACCACGCAACAUAGUCCGGUGGGUGGUGCCAGCGUGUCGUCCGUAGGCGACAGCAUAGAUAUCAAACAUUCGCAUAUUGAGGCUCAGCAGGGAGAUUUGAAUACACCCGUUACCACUUCUAGUGAUAUACCAUCAUUUUUUGGUCCUUCGACCGUUGUCGAACCACCACCAAUAACAGGUUCCAUUGAAUCUGAAGAUUUGUCGUUGGAACCUCAGUCAGUGGCCAGUCCGGUAUUGUGCAGUCCAUUGAAGGAGGAACGUAGUACCCCGCCCACAUUGACAAUUGUUAAGGAAGAAACAAGUAAUAAUAGUUCAGCAUCAGCAACAACAACAGCAGCAGCAGCAUCUCAACUUCAACAACAACAGCAGCAGCAACAGCAUCAAACACAAAUGCAUUCACCUUCUCUAACGGUAUUGCCUGGUCCUAUGUCUCCUCCUUCCGCUGGUUUGGGCAACAGCUGGAGUCUACCCAGUCCCGACAAGACUCUAUUCCAGCCACCCAUGUUUAGUCUUUUGGGUCCAGGACCUCAAAAUGCGGUAGCCACCCAGGCUCACUAUGGCACACAGCAUCAAACUACCAUUCCCGCCUCUACGCCCUCACCCUCCGCUCAUCAUAUGCAUGCUGCAGCAGCGGCCUACGAAGACUCUCGCCAUGUAGAGUUAUUGGGCCUGCAAAUGGACUGUUCGCCCAUUUUACUUAAGCAAGCCGCACCGCCCAGUUACGGCAGCGCCAGCACCUUCACCACCUUGGCCGAUAUGCAACAAGCUCAAAAUUCCCAUGAUUUGCAACAGUAUCGCCAGCAAAUGAGUGUAUCCACACCCAAAUAUCAAUGGCUAGAUUCACCGGCUGAAUAUGCAGCGGGUAGCCAGCAAACCGCCACUUUGGUCUUGCCCGGACCUUCUUCGGCCUCCUCUAGUACGGCCUUGGGCGGUGGCAUUAUACCCAAGCAGGAAGCUUAUGCCGAGCCUACUCACACACCCACUCAUCAUAUGCAAACGACUCCCUCCGCCUCCGCGUCAGGAUCUCAAACCGGUUAUUCGGUCGUCCAACUGGCAGAAUAUUCUCCCUCCACCAGCAAGGGUCAUGAGAUUUUAUCUCAAGUCUAUCAACAAAGUGCCAUGCCCUUGAAACUAGUCCCGGUUAAGCCACGUAAAUAUCCUAACCGUCCCAGCAAGACGCCUGUUCAUGAGAGGCCCUAUGCCUGCCCGGUGGAGAAUUGCGAUAGACGAUUCUCACGAUCAGAUGAGCUCACCCGCCACAUACGUAUUCAUACCGGUCAAAAACCAUUCCAAUGUCGCAUUUGCAUGCGUUCCUUCAGUCGCUCUGAUCAUCUGACCACACAUAUACGCACUCACACUGGCGAGAAACCCUUCUCCUGCGAUAUAUGCGGCCGUAAAUUUGCCCGUUCCGACGAGAAGAAAAGACAUGCCAAGGUUCAUCUUAAGCAGAGAGUUAAAAAAGAGAAAUUAAGUCAGCAGCAGCAGCAACAACAACAGCAGCAACAGCAACAAAUGCAGUUACAGCAGACGACAGCUCAGCAACAACAUCACCAGCAGCAGCAGCAACAACAACAGCAACAUGUCCAUGUCCAUCAUCAGUCGGCUGCUCAUGCUCAUAUGCUUCAUUCCUCCGAUAUUUCCAUAGUAUCAUCGAGUGCUACUAGUUUGUAGGUCGAGA